AUGCUCCGCUCCUUGAUCUUCCGGUUUUCCCCAAAAAGCGUACUGAAUGUAAGAAUCGCCAGCAAAUCCACCAUUGAUUACUCCCGUGUUCCCCAACUUCUGGAUGAAGAUUUGGAAGAAACAUUCGUCCGGGGGAGUGGACCAGGUGGUCAGGCUGUCAAUAAGACCUCCAACUGCUGCGUUCUACGUCACAAACCGACGGGAAUUGUAGUAAAAUGCCACAUUCAUCGCUCUGCUACCCAAAAUAGCAAAGAAGCAAGAGCAAUCCUCACCCGUAGACUUGAUAAUUUCAUCAAUGGAGAAUUAUCAGUGGAAAAUCAGGAAAAGAUGCAGGAGAAGCAAAAAACUAUAGAAGCAGAUCGUCGUAGGAGGAAGCUGCAGGAUCUCAAAAGACAAUGGAAGGAGCGAGAACAGCCGGAUUAGCGUAAGCCAAUAAAACGUUUUUCUUUUAUUUUACCAUGAACUAAAAUCACCAAAUUCGUAGGAAA